ACCAUGGGCCAGGCCAUUGAGGAACACCAGCUUGUCAGUAGUUUGCCAAACGUCGACGAAAGAGGUUGUGUAGCGCACGAUUUUUUGAUUGUCUUCUUUUUCUUCAUUGUUUACGAACUCAUUUCGAGACUUUUGGCUCUUCCAAAAUGCUCUUCCAAGGCUCUUUUUAUGGAUAGUUUCACAUUUUCAUCCCAUGUUAUUGUGUUUACCGAAACCUGGUUAAAGCCGGAUGCGCAUGUUGGAGCUGCGAGAGGAUGUUCGGCGGAUGUUCCAGCACGCUUACGACGGCUAUCUGACGCACGCCUCCAACUAUGACGAGCUACGCCCACUUACCUGCGACGGCCACGACACCUGGGGCAGCUAUUCGCUUACGCUAAUCGAUGCCCUGGAUACACUGGCUACUAUGGGUAACUUCACCGAGUUUCAGCGCGUCUUCACUCUGCUNUAUGUAAAAGGAACGAAAAAAAAGCUAAAAAGAGCACUGACCAAAAGAAAAAGCAGCGAGUAA